AGGUUGCCAUUGCUUGAGGAAAAUUUUAUCUAUUUUGCAAGCACGAAGAUCAACAACCUUUAUAACGUGCCAUUGUAUAGUCGUGUUCAUUUAAUCUUAUGAGGAAUGUGUUCUUAGUUCCAAAGGGAUUGCAAGUAAAUGUCAUUUAGGAAAAUUAUGCGAGUCGACCCGAAUUCUGUCUGACAUCAGCUGUUUCCAUGACCAUGACUCGAACGCAGAUCUUCCUCUUGCAUUCAUAGUCUUGAGGUCCAAGUCGUCCUGUCAGCGACAAGUUGAAUUAAAUGUGACGUUCGUGUUAUAAAUGUGAAUACCAGUCGUUUUGGUAAAGAUGGAGGGCUGAAUCAUUCAUUCAUUUUAUGUAACUUAAAGUGAAAUAGUAACAUUAACCUGUUACCAUGGCUGAAGGUGACGCUUCGGAAGAUCUUCAAACUCUAAUUCGUGCUGAUGACUUGGAAGGGAUAAAUGAAGAGUCAGUAGUUAUAACUGCUGCUCCACCCUCUCUUUUGUUGGAUCAGCUCCCACCUUGGUACUUACCUGUGCACUGUUCUUUGCUGGUCAUAGUUACAACAGCACUUGUUGUAAUACUGCCAGUAUACUUAGAGUCUGUUAAUGUUGCUGGAGAUGCAUAUUCAGCUCUAAUCUUCACAUCUAUAUUCACGGCUCUACCUAUUGUAUUGUACAUACAACUACGUUACAGCUAUUUUUGUCAGUUUAUGCGCCUUGGACCAUCAUCUCCUAUCACGAUUCUGAAGACUGGGAUGUUUCAUGGCUUAGCUAGCGUCAUGAUUGUGUAUGCUCUAGACAGAAAGAGAGUUCUAUGUCAUACACAAGAGCCAUUGAUGGGCCUUGUUGUUAUGUACAUGAUUAUUAUCUACUUCUUCUAUAGAGGUCCAGAACUUAGCUCACCAAAGAUGUUCAGCCUGUGUGGAGUACUUGGUGGAUUAUUCUUAGCAAUGGACUUCCAGUUGAACAACCUUUAUAUGUGUCAUGGGCAUACCAGGCUCUCUCCAGAGGAUGAUGGUGGUUCAUGGAGUGCUCAGGCUCAUGCUUUGUGGACUAUUGUAUACUGUGCUGCUCUUUUUAUCUUCACUUUAGCUUGGUUGCUUUUGGAGAAGGAAAUUGUUACCAAAAGGCCAGGACCCGGUGGGAUGAGUCUAGUAAGCACUGUAUCUGGUGGAAUGACAUCACCUGGAGGUUCAUCAGAAGCCCUCUUAACUAGUCAUGGUGAUACUAAUAUACUACCUUUACACAAUUCCACAAAUGCUAAAUGGGGAAUACAUAUGGUUUGGUUUACAUUAGCAUCUCUUUUCACUGUUAUGAUGCUGUUUUGGACAGACUUCUUCACAGCUCUUGGCAAGGCUGGUUCUCCCCAAGAGUUUGUAGAACUGACAUCUGGUGGACUGCGAUGUCAUUUCCAUUGGGGUAAGGAGUGUAAAGCUACCGCACUGUAUGGGUGGUUGUUUGCUGUUCUUCACGUGUGCUUUCUAAUGCUUUUGGGAAGAGUGGUAACUGCAGCACGUUCCGUCAUCUUUGCCUUAUCAGUGGCAUCAGUUGCAUUACCAUUCCAAGCUUUAUGGUGGUCUCUGUUCUCAACUGGUGGGUCCCUUGGAAUGAUUUGGCAGCCACAGGUGACAGGAGAGUUCAUCUUCAGCCUCCUAGGUUUGCCCAUAAUGAUUGCAUGUUUAUGCUUUUGGAGUCAUGUUGAUACAAGAGAUAAAAUGCGAUCAAAUAACUUUGCACUUACAGGACCUUCUUAAUGUCAUGGUACAUUGCUAGAGAAUGGUAGUUAAAUAUUAUAUUUAUUAUUUAAUACUGAGCAAGUGAUGAUGGUAAUGUAUUGCUCUUUACGGUGUGUUUGUCAUUCAGGUGAUUUACACAUUUAUUUUAUUUUGUUUAUUGUUGAAUGAGAAAGAAAUUUGUGGAACAUUUACAAGAGGUGUUUUUGCUAAGUGGUUAGCAGGUCAUGUAUAUCCUUCUGGUUAAUGGCAUUGGCAGUUGAUAUUGUCAGAAACCAUACAAAAUUUAUUAAUUGAACUGUAUAGUAUUUAAUUUUAUUAUAAAUUUAUAUUGGCACACUCAAUUUAUCUUACCGAGACAGACAUAUUUCUUGUACAGAAAAAGACAGUAGCAGUUUCAUGUUCAUUCAACUAGAAUAAUAGGGAGUAUAUAUUUGUUGCUCUUAUUUUAUAGUGUCAUGUGUUAGCGCGUAGCCUGUGCUGAAUUCAAGGCUUAAGUGCGUGUCACUUAUAUGUUACCUUAGAGUAGGAAUGUUCUUAGCUUUCAAUGUUUUGUCUCAUAUGUUUAUUUGUGUUUUUCCGAGGGAUAUCUUGGCAUAAAGCAUUUAAUUUCCAGACUGGAAAUUCAAAUAUUUAGUCACUCACAAAAUAUAGAGAGGAAAAAUACUAUCAGAAAGUUAGAAAUAUACUAACAUCUCAUUUCAAUUCAUUUUAUUCAAGUUCAAGAGAAACAUUUCAGUUUGUGUGUAUUAUGUUGUCAUUUGCAGUAAUAUAUUUUGACUUGUAAACCAAUGAAAUCAACAAAUAAGUCUUGUUUCCAAGUAUAUCGUUAGUUGUAUGAAACUUGAUUCAGGGUACAUUAGUCUUGUUUCCAAGUUUAUCCUAAGUUGUGUGAAACUUGAUUCAGGGUACAAUCAUUUCACAAAAGUUAAAAUUUGUAUCACAGAUGAAUAGAUAACUAAUAGCACAAGGCACUAUAUUUAAAUUGCUGUUAAAUUUAAGCAAAUUUCAAGAAAGGAAAUUAAUUAUAAUUUCUUAUACAUAUCUAAAGUUAUUACAAACAGUUAAAGCUUUAGUUGUCUAGUCGAAAGUGGCUUAAAGAUGUAAGGUACACAAAAUACAUUCUACCUUGACUUUUGUAUUUGUGCCAAAAAUGUAGCCACUUUUAUUUUAUAUCUGUCUUUAUUAGAGAUUAAUGUUUAUGUAAAAAAAUAAUGCCAAAAUGCUGUGUAAUUUCUUUUACAACAUUCAUUCUUUUUAGUCUUUUUUUAAAAAUAAGUUGGUUAUAACUGACUUUACAUAUAUCUGUAUAUAUGAUAAAACCCUAAAUGUUGCAAGGGUUACCUUCCUAAAUAACAAAUAAAACACUUGCAAAAGUAGUAUGAAAACUAUGCCAUGAGGAGAAUAGAAGUGGGGGACCAAUAACAAGACAAAUUUGUUGAAACAAAAUAUUCUUCUACAUUAUAUAUGUCAGUUGUGUUUAAAUACACAUAAGUUACAGUGAACCUGUGAAAUUUUUAAUGGCUUUAUAAUUUAAAUAAAGGAUUAUUCUUAAUAAAUAAAUUGUAAUGAAUAAAGAGGCAUUUAUCAGCAAAA